AUGCUGCGUGAAAGAGAUUUUUUGUUACAGGGGAUCAAAGAUAACUUGCUUAAGGCUCAUGAACGAAUGAAGAACAAUGCUGAUAAGCAUCGAAGAGAAUUGGAAUUUGUGCAAGGUGAUAAGGUUUUCUUGAAGUUGAGACCUUACAUGCAACAAUCUGUGGCCAAGCGUUUAUAUCAGAAGUUGGUCGUGGGUUAUUAUGGUCCUUUUGAGGUCUUGGAGAAGAUUGGCGCAGUGGCUUACAGACUUAAGCUUCCCGCAGAGUCAAAGAUACACCAUGUGUUUCAUGUAUCUCAAUUUAAACCGGUGUUAGGGGGAAACCAUUUGGUAUCGACUCUUCCCCAAUCGUUCUCGGUACAGAAUGAGCUUAUUAUUGAACCGGAGGAAGUGUUGGAUACGCGUUAUGAUUCUGCUGGUCAUUUGGAGGCUUUGGUAUCGUGGACUGGCUUGCCCGAACAGAGAUGUUGGGAGCGUAUAUACGUAAGAAGAAGAAAGCUGAGCUGGACAGUAUUGAAUCAAUCGGAAGCGAAGUUGAGAUUAAUGAAAGCUGAGCUGGACGGAGUGAAGAAAGAGGGAAGCUCGUUUAUAUACUUGUUCAGUUUUACAGUUGAGAGUUUUAUCCAGAAAUAG